AUCAUCAUUGUCUCGUAUGGCAUGAUCACGUUGUUUGCGUACAUGUUCCGGCGGAUCAAGGAGCGCAACGUGGUGAUCAAGCUGUGGUUUGAGAAGCUUGUGCCGCAGUGGCUCCAGAACUGGAAUUUUUCGAUCCAGGCCAUGAUUGCAGCCGUGGACAUUAUGAUGUACGUCGAGAGGCCGCUGAUCAAUUCGAGCCUUAGCUUCAACGACUGCAUCAAAGUGCCGCUCAAGAACCAGUACUUGCUGCGAUCAAAUCCUGCUGUCGAGUGCUUUUCAACAACCCAAUUCAACACAGUGUUGAUCCUGAGUUCCUUUGUCGCUGCAUUUUUGAGCAUUGGGAUUCCGAUCCUCGUCAUGGUUGCGCUCUAUCUACGCAAAGUACCGAAAAUGAGGCCCUAUCUGAUCUGGACCCGUCCGUGGCUCCACAUUCUGUUUCGGUCAUACAAGAAAAAAUAUCACUGGGUGUUUUUCUUUGAUCAAGCCGAAAAGCCCAUUCUGCUGUUGAUGAUGUUCUUCAUCAGCCACACCGGCAUUCAGUCGAUUUGCAUGAUGCUGUUUAUCUUUAUUUCGGCGACCUUUCGCCACAUUAUGCAGCCAUACAUAUCCACGCUCGAUAACUACGGAAAGUCCAUGUGCGAGCUCAGUCUCACGGGAAUCGUCUGCCUGCGGAUGUUGCGACUCAUUGCAAUCAAGUCGUCGGCACGUAGUGGCUUCCUGUGGAGCAAGAGCGACGUGGCCGGAAACAAGUGGUGGACCCUCGACAUGAUCCUUCUGGUGAUUCCUCUCACUCUUGCCCCAAUCAAGAUCUGGGUGAUGUUCAAGUCGGCAGCCCGGAAUCCGACGCUCCAGCGGGCCUCCAAGAAUGUCUUCAAGGCUCUCUCGGCCACCACUAUGAACCUGACCCUGAGCCGAGCCGACAGCGCAAAGCAGUCGUCGCGGCUGGAAGGCAAGCUCGACACACUACCUCGUUCGGCGAGCAUGGCCAUCAGUAGCAAGCACUCCAGCCUCGAAGCACUCGAUAACCGAAGCUCCCAGCUCCUGGUUGCCGAGGACGGCAAGUCAGGCACAAGCCACAGCCACUUCCUUCUUCCACUAAGCGCACACAGGAAGAAGCAGCUUGGAUCGUCACUAAGCGAUUCCGUGCCUUCGUCGUCAAUGCCGAACCCGCCGGGCAGAUAGUGCGGCGUCCUCAUGAUGCCAUUCUUUUGAUGUCAUCCUUAUGACAACAUACUCCAGAUAUGCUAUCGUGCCUGCUUACAAUAAACACCGGAACUGCAUGUGCAAGUGCGAA